GUGAAUAUUGACCACUUCACUAAGGACAUCACAAUGAAGAACUUGGUGGAGCCUUCUCUGAGCAGCUUUGAUGUGGCCCAGAAAAGAAUCCAUGCCCUGAUGGAGAAGGAUUCUCUUCCUCGCUUUGUGCGCUCUGAGUUUUAUCAGGAGUUAAUCAAGUAGUAAUUUGGCCAGGCUAUGAAAAUCACUUUGUGAGUUAUGUCCUCCACAAUAACACUGAAUUUUCAAAUAACCUACAUAUCUUACCACAGCAGCUUUGCUCAAAGCUACCCAAACAGGGAAGUCCCAGAAAGUGUUGCUUAUUUGUUGGUCAACAUUAUUUUGGAUGUGGUUCUAUUGUUCAAUGGCCUUCCCUUCCAUUUCUUCUUCCUGCCCUAUUCUAUUAAGGUCUACCUAGUUUCUGUCAGCCUCAAUUAGAGUCAUCAAAAAAUCCUGCCUAACACAAAGCUAUCUAAGACAAGAAUAUGAUAACAUCAAAUAUGGGUUUAGAAAAUAGAUUGCCACCUAAACUAGUGCGAGAAAGAGUAUGGACAUGAAAGAUCAAUUUCAAGGAAACUUAAUUGAUACCAUUUAUUUUUUAAUUGUGAACCAGGGACAUUGCCCCUCUAUUUCUGAAUUUGUAAAAGGUGGUAAGAUUUUCAUGAGGCAGCAACCAUUUGAUGUUUUGAAGCAAAUGCACAUUUCUGUUUUAAAUCAAUGACCUGAGAUUAAGAAUGGAUUAUUUUAUAAACCUAUCUAUGUCCCUGAGAUGUAUGCCAAGAUUUAAUUUUCAAAUUAUUUAAAAUCUUACUGAGUGUACAAUUAAUCCCAAAAUUUCUAACUCCAAUCUCAUAAAAUAAACCUGUUGCCAUGCAUUAGAGUAAUCUACCAUCUUAAUAUCAAGAGGACAAUACACUAAAAAGGGAAAAUGUUAUCAAACUUAAUUGUGGUUAAUUAUCCUACAAUGCCAUCUAUUUAUUUAACAAAUGAUGAUUGUCUUCGAAACACCACAUUGUCUUUGGAAAAAAUAGUGUGACUACAUGUGCAGGCUUUCUAAGUGAGGCCAAGAUUUAAACUAUCCAGUAUUUUGCAAAAUAGGAACUCCAAUCUUCCUUCACUAUUUUGCAUCCUGCAUUAGUAAGUUGUAAUCAUAGUCAGAAGUUCAGAUCUAUACUCCCAACAUGCCUCACACAGUUAUUGAUAGGCCAUGGUACUCUUUCGUAGGUUUAAGUUUUCAAUUCUGUAUUUGAUUGUUAUAAGUCUUGUGAGACUCUUUUUCUCAUCUUUCACAGAUUUGAUUAAGUAAGGAUUCACAUAAUUUAGUAAUAAAUAGAAGCAAACUGAACUAUGUAUGAGGGUAAUCAAGGUGAGGAAACUGAUUUGAUUCAUAUGAAAGAAGGUGUUUUGUUAAGGAUUAAUAAAAUUCUGAAAUGUUUAAGUAGAAGAUUACAUUGUUUAGUUUUGUAUUUCCUCCUUUUGUUUCCCUUUAAAUUUACACACUCCCCAUCUGCCAUCUGUGUAGCUCAUUUAUACAGUUAUAGCUUAGGAAUAUUGAGAGUGAAGCAAGUAUAUUAUUGCAUUUUUCAGGUACACACUGGCUGUGUGUGUUGGUUUUUUUUGUGAUUUCAAAGGAUAAUCUGUCUGAAUUCUUGACACUUCACAUUCUCAAAAUGAGUUGAACUCUACUGCCAACAGUUAUAAGUGAUUUAGCUACAAGGGAUUCAUUUAUGUUUAUCAAUUUGUUAGUAUUGUCCACUUUAGAGAAACUUUUUCAUCAAUCAUUCCACAGCUAUGAGGGAUCAACAUUGUGAGCAUGAAGAAGUUCUCACUGUAGGCAUUGUGUAGGAUUGACAGGACACUCAGAUAAACAAUGACAGGGUGUGUUCUGGCAGUCCUCCUCAGCGUCUGUUGACUCUGCUUCAAAUCAGUAGAAAAAGUGUCAGACCUUGAUUUUUCUCAAGCAGCUAGAAAUGUUAAGAACCAAAGAAUCUAGGUGAGUUGUUUUCUGAAUGCCAAAUAUUUUUAAGAAAAAUAAUUUCAUUAAAAAUUUAAAUAUUGUAUCCACAUCUUUAAAAAUAUCCAUAUGUUUGAAAAUGUCCAGAGAAUUAAUGAGAUAUCAAAGAUCUCACCCAGGUGGUUGCUGUUAGGAAAUUUCAAUAGAUUGUAUUCACAAACUGACUGUAUACCCUGUGUGAGUGGCUGGAAGUGUCUGUAGACAAUAUGAAAGGCCUUCACCUUUGCAUAAGCCAAACCCAGGUGGCAAAGGGCACAAAAGGCUGCUUCAAGGGCAGUUCUGUGAAAGCUACAGAAAGAAUGAAAGAAGGAAUGCUCUCCAGUCAGAUGGUGACAUUAUCUCUACAUAUAUCUAUAUAAUUUUAUGUUAAAGCAGUAUACACACACAUAUAUAUUCUUCUAACAUAUAAAGUAAUAAAAGGAAUACAGGUAUUCUAGACUCAAAUGAGAAAUUAAAUAAGUUAAAAUUGCCCUGAAAUUUUUUGUGAAGCUUUUGAAAGCUUUCUGAAACUUAAAGAGAGGGGGAAAAAAAUGAAAGAACAGAAAAAAAACCCUAUGUUAGUAGUAGUUCCCAAGGUAACCCAAACAAAAUACAUUCUUUUAAAUCUGGGAAAUUAGAAAAAGUGGGAUGUUACUUCAAGGAAAAAAAUGUAUGA